AGGCCUUGGCAGUGGCUGCCUGAGAACCGGCUGUCCCAGAACCGAGUCGAGACAGAUCCUGUGGUGACCCCCAGCACAAAAGAGCGACAAGAUGAUCCGCCGGAAGUCCAGCCAAUUUCAGGGACUAAAAAUGCAGUCGGAGCUUGUACAGCACUACGAACUGCGGCGAGAACCCGAAAGAGACCUCAGCUCAUUGGAUGAAUUGGCCACGCGUAUGGGAACAGGUGUGCGGACCGAAUCCGGGACCGUGGCUUCGGUGGAUGUCGAUAACGAUCCUGCAGCCAACUUGUUCCCGCCGCCGCUGCCCCAGCCCCGGAUCUGUAUAUGGAAGUACCUGGACAUCCAUUCCAUGCACAGGCUGGAGAAGACAGCCAGCACUGAGGAGAUGAGGGAGGUGCUGGCUGAGCUGUUGGGACUAGGUUGUCCUGAGAAGAGCCUGCGGGAUGCCAUCACUCUGGACCUCUUCUCCCAUGCACUCAUCUUCUGCCGCCAGCAGGGGUUCUCCCUGGAGCAGACCUCAACAGCUUGCGCCCUGCUCCAAGAUCUUCACAAGGCCUGUAUUGAAACCCCCCUGGGCAACGUGGAGGAAUGUUACCGCUACUUCACCAGUGUUCUUUUUUGCCAUGGAGUCAGGCGCCCCCCUUUCAGUAUUGACCUCUUUAAGGAGGAACAGCUGCUGGCCCUGGCGGAUUAUGUGGUGAACACCUACUUCCGCCACUUCAAGCUGUACAAAUAUGUCUUCACACCUCAGGUGCGGCUGGAUCUCUCUUUGACUUACACGGGGCUAAAGCCACCCAACCUCUGGUCAGAGGAUGAGACAGAGAAAGAAAAGGGAGGAGAGGUGGAACAGCAGGGAGUCAUCGAACAGGAGGUGGAACCGGAAACAGUGAUCCAGCCAGAGCCAGAGCCAAGCCAGGUCUCCAUCCUCCGAGCCUACAUCAAGACCCAGAUGAAUAAGGAGCUGCGGCAGCUCCAACAACUAGUGGAGGAGCGGCUCAAAGCCAGUGAGGAAAGGCUCAGCAGCAAGCUGACCACCCUCGAGCGGCCCCUCCAGCUACCUCCAGGCAAAGGCAAGAACAAGAUCAAGUGACUCCCUGCGUUUUCCCCAAUAAAGGCCUGGGCCAAAGUGGCCCCACCACGCCCUGCCCCACCCCCUCCUGAGCACCUUCUGAGCUUCCCUGCUGAAGCCAGACACCAGACACAGGGGACUGGCUCUCUCUGGUGUGUAGCAGGUUUUAUUGCAUACGUGGUGCAGGCAGCACAGAUAAGGCCAGGCGUGGCACCCUGGGUGGCUCUCUGCCACCCCAGCUCUGAUCUCAAAGCCCUGGCCAGCGGGGGUAGGUGUACCACACUGGUCUCUAUGAUAGUAUGAUUGGUGGUGGGCCUGGUCAAUGGUGGCCUGUGGCCAGAGCCCAGAGGGGCUGGAAUGAUAAAGAUCCUUCUCUUGAAGAGUUCUGCAUCCUCCGGGAUGAUGUGCUAGCCCAGCACUAGCAUGGCCUCAUCCUCAGCGAUAGUAGCCGAGUCCCCCUCCUCUUCAGGGCCCAUCAUGGGAAAAGGCCCCGGGGGCCGGUGCUGGAAGAGGGCUGCCCGGUUCUGCUGCUCACCCUUCUUCACCCAGUGUCCGUACAGCCGGAAGGCACAGUUGUCGAUAAGGCGCCGCACUGGCCGCAACGCGUAAGGGUCCCUCAACAGCGCACUCUUGGUCAGUGGCCGGACACGGUGGGCGCUUAAGGCCACCCGUCCAGCAGCCAGCACGGUCCACACUGCCACCUAGGAAGGGGGUGGUGUGAGCUCCACUGGCACAGUCACUAUAAGAAAAAUCCUGAGAAGAGGAGCAGGCCUAGACCCUGACACGCUCAGGCCUACCCGAAACCGCUGGCGGGGGGUGAGGUUCCAGGCUUGGCUGCCUUCACAGCGCUCAAAGAAUGGGUGCUGGAGGGCUUGCUCCGCUGUCAGGCGUUCCACAGGAUCCACCUGCAGCAGCCUGGAGAUCUAGGGGAAACCCCAGAGCAUGAGAAGCAGCUCUUGGGCCUCUUUCCUCGCCCACUCGCAGCCCCAGCUCACCAGGUCUUUCACAGUGUCCGAACGGUCGUCCCACUCAGGUGAACUAAACUGGUACUGGCCCUCCAUGAUCAUACGUAACAUCAGGAUCUGGCGUCGGUGCCAGAAUGGUGGGGAGCCCGCCAGGAGUGUGAACAAGAUCACCCCGCAGGCCCAGCUGAGAAAGAGGAGUAGGGAGGGGGGGACCAGGUGAUAAGCAAAGGUGUUGAAGAAAGAACAGUACACAAGGGAGGAAGGAAGGUGGGGGGUGAUGGGAAACUCACAGAUCGACCUCCUUGCCGUAGCCUGGGUGAGUUUCAUCCAUGGAGCACUUAAGGAUCUCUGGUGCUAGAUACCCUGGAGUCCCACACAACUCUGGGGAGAGAGGCCUGAAAUGGAUGGGGUGUCACCAGCCCCCUCAAGGACCCUUCACACCAGACCUCUGCUGGAGCCUCACCACCACCAGGGCCACAAGUGUUCCCAUCCUGCACCUGCCAGCCUUCUGCCAAGUCCAGUGUUAGAGCCUCACUCUGGUGAACGAGUACCUACCAAGGCUCCUGGUGGCCUUCCUGGGAAAACCUGAUGUUUUGGUUGGCUUCAAAGCACUAUCCAACUGUAUCAUUUGCCUCCUCCACCAACCCUCACCUCACACAACUUAUUACCAUGUUUUAUAUACAUACACACAUAGAAAACAGAAAUUAAAUCUUUUCUGCAUUCCUUUCUGCCCAAAUCUAAUCCUUCUCCUAGAAUCUCUACUUCAGUUAGUGGAACCACCACUCAACCCAGGGUAGUGUGUAGGAAUAUAGGAUUUCUUAAGGCACAUUCUGGGUAUGUCCUUUGUUGAAAACCCUUCCCUGGCUUUCCAUCAUGGGCUCAGGGUCAAGUCUAGAUUCCGAAAGCACAAAGGCUUCCAUGACUUGA